GACGACAGUGGCCUCGAUCUUGAGCCCCGUUGGGAAACUGAGCCUAGUAUUGAAGCCAUCCGGACCGUUUGCCUGCAAAAGUUGGACAUACAUGCUCCAGACGACUGCGCCAUAUACUUUCUCGCCGCGGGCGCCUUCAACAAACUAUACCUGGUCGAGAUUUCUCAUAAACAAAAGUAUGUGAUGCGAGUCUCCCUCCCAGUCGAUCCCCAGCACAAGACAUCAGGCGAGGUGGCGACCUUGCGCUGGAUCAACCGCUGCACCAAAGUUCCAGUACCCGACGUCAUCGCCUUUGACGAUUCAAGCGACAACGAAAUUGGGUUCGAAUGGAUCCUGAUGCGACUCAUGCCUGGAUCUUCGGCUCAUUCCAAGUGGCGCAAGAUGUCUAUGGCGACCAAAAAGGCCUUGGUGGAGCAGCUGGCAGAAUACCAAGCUCAACUUUUCCGCCUCGACUGUGGAGGGAGAGCAGCAGGUUUCCGCGGCAUUGGAACGCUCAACGAGAUCCCCAACAAACAAGAAUCCAGCCAGACCGACCCAGAUCCAGUACCAGGUCGCAUUGUUUCCCACACCUUCUUUUGGGGCCAACACUUCGACUAUGACAUUCCCCGGGGGCCCUUCCGCUCCAGCCAUGACUGGCUGGAUUCUUAUCUUCGCAUCAUCAUCCAAGAGCAGAAGGAUGCCAUACAACGUACCGAAGAUGAGGAAGAUGGAGAGUAUGCAGAACGCAUACUACGAACAGCUGAGAGGCUUUCUGCUCUACUACCCAAAUUAUUCCCUUCCAUUCUCAAUCCACCCCAGCAAACGGUAUUAUGGCACGACGAUCUCUCGCUAUCAAACAUCUUGGUAGAUGACAAAGGCCGAAUCACAGCUCUGGUCGAUUGGGAGUGCGUCUCAACAAUGCCGCGAUGGGCAGCCACCCAGAUGCCCAAGUUUUUAAUGGGCCCAGAGCGACAAGAAGAACCAGUUCGAGAUAACUACAUGGAUGAGAUCCUGGAGGAGGCUGAAGAACGAGAUGAUGAUGAUGACCAGGACAACGAGGAAAAGAACGGACUCUACUGGAUACACUUGAUGGAAUACGAGCAGACCCUUCUGACAAAGACGUACGCAGAUCGUAUGCGUCUUCUAUGGCCUGAGUGGGACGCACAUGUUGCCGAUGCCAUGCUAAGCAUCGACUUUUUAGGUGCUAUUGAUCGCUGUGCUUCCGGGUUUAAUUUGAAAAGCAUCAACGGCUGGAUUGAUGCCAUAGAGAAAGGGGAGUUCCCUGGACUGGAGACUUUAUUGAACCCAAAAGGUGCGACGGUCUAG